AUGGCAUCUGUUUAUACAACUUUGGCAAUUAUAGGAAUGUUUUUUAUUUCUCCUGUUUUAGUACCAGCACUGUUUUGGGGAGUUGUAUUAUAUGAUUUUUUCAACACAGAAGUGCCACCUGGAAUUGAGCAACCUCUAAAGCUUCGAGUUUUCCACUCCUUGAUGAUCACGACCAUGGUCACGGGAAAGAUUUUGGAGAAGCUGGGGAUCUGCAAUGAUUUAACCAUACUGCGAGCAGCGGUCAAUGGGAUUCCUCCAUGGAGAGAUUCCAAACUGCUUAUCAAAGAUCUCACAGUAGAUGAGGUACCCUUGAGGAUUUAUCAGCCCAAAAGCCCACCCACUGGCAAAAGAAGAGGAAUUCUCUAUUUUCAUGGAGGCGCUGGCACAUUUGGGAGUAUUAGAGCCUUUGAAAGAGUAUGCCGCUAUAUGGCCAAAAAAUGCAACUCAGUGGUUGUGUCUGUUGGGUACCGUUUGGCUCCUGAACAUCCCUACCCAGGGCAAUAUUUUGACUGUCUCAAUGCCACCUUAUACUUCAUGAGGAAUUUGGAAGAGUACCACGUGGAUCCUGGUCUCAUCAUCCUUAGUGGUGACAGCUGUGGGGCUAAUUUUGCCACAGUUAUUUGCCAAAUACUGCUGAAUGACAGAGAUCUGCCAAAAGUACGUGCUCAGGUGCUGCUUUACCCAGGCCUCCAGGGGCUGGAUUUCCACUUGCCCUCCUACCAGCAGAAUGCUUUUGUCCCCAUAUUGUCACGGAAGAUGAUCAUCUACUUCUGUUUUCGUUACCUUAACAAAAAACCCACAUUUUGGAAAGAGGUUCUACAAAACAGCCAUGUUCCUGAUAGUAUGAGACACCAGUAUAAGAAAUGGGUAAGUGCUGACCUUAUUCCUGAUGAAUUUAAGGUUAGAGGCUAUGUACCAACCAAACCUGCAUCAUAUAAACCUGAAGUCCAUGAAGCUAUCAAAGAAAUUUUAGCAAUGACAUUUUCCCCACUAUUAGCUGAAGAUUCCAUUAUUUGCCAGCUCCCUGAGUCCUUGAUUGUGACCUGUGAGUUUGAUGUCUUGAGGGAUGAUGGUCUGUUAUACAAGAGGAGACUAGAGGAAAAUGGUGUUCGAGUGACCUGGUAUCAUUGUGAGAAUGGCUUCCAUGGAAUUUUAGCCUUUUUUGGCUAUGGGAUUUUUUCCUUUUUAUCUGCAAAUAAGAUAAUGGACAGUAUUGUGAAUUAUAUAAACAGUUUAUAG